CCUUUUUGCUCCCUUGAGGAGUUCCUUUCUCUUUCCAUAAACUGUGGCCCCUGCAUGGCUGUGCCCUGUCCCUCCUCAUCUGGCUUGUCCUGCCCACAUCGCCCUGCAGGGUUCUACGGCCUGGAUGAGUCUGACCUCGACAAGGUCUUCCACUUGCCCACCACCACUUUUAUCGGGGGACAGGAGUCAGCGCUUCCUCUGCGAGAGAUCAUCCGCCGGCUGGAGAUGGCCUACUGCCAGCACAUUGGGGUGGAGUUCAUGUUCAUCAAUGACCUGGAGCAGUGCCAGUGGAUCCGGCAGAAGUUCGAGACCCCCGGGAUCAUGCAAUUCACAAACGAGGAGAAGCGGACCCUGCUGGCCAGGCUCGUGCGGUCCACCAGGUUUGAAGAGUUCCUGCAACGGAAGUGGUCUUCUGAGAAGCGUUUUGGUCUGGAAGGCUGUGAGGUACUGAUCCCUGCCCUCAAGACCAUCAUUGACAAGUCGAGUGAGAAUGGAGUAGACUACGUGAUCAUGGGCAUGCCGCACAGGGGGCGGCUGAACGUGCUUGCGAAUGUCAUCAGGAAGGAGCUGGAGCAGAUUUUCUGUCAGUUCGAUUCGAAACUGGAGGCAGCUGAUGAGGGCUCUGGGGAUGUGAAGUACCACCUGGGCAUGUAUCACCGGAGGAUCAACCGUGUGACCGACAGGAACAUCACCCUGUCCCUGGUAGCCAAUCCUUCCCACCUUGAAGCUGCUGACCCUGUGGUGAUGGGCAAGACCAAAGCUGAGCAGUUUUAUUGUGGGGACACCGAAGGGAAAAAGGUUAUGUCCAUCCUGUUGCACGGGGACGCUGCAUUUGCUGGCCAGGGCAUCGUGUACGAGACCUUCCACCUCAGCGACCUGCCAUCCUACACAACUCACGGCACUGUGCACGUAGUUGUCAACAACCAGAUUGGCUUCACCACAGACCCACGGAUGGCCCGGUCCUCCCCGUACCCCACCGACGUGGCUCGCGUGGUGAACGCCCCCAUCUUUCACGUGAACUCUGAUGACCCUGAGGCUGUCAUGUACGUGUGCAAGGUAGCAGCCGAGUGGAGGAGCACCUUCCACAAGGACGUAGUUGUCGAUUUGGUGUGUUACCGGCGCAACGGCCACAACGAGAUGGAUGAGCCCAUGUUCACACAGCCCCUCAUGUACAAGCAGAUCCGCAAGCAGAAGCCUGUGCUGCAGAAGUAUGCUGAGCUGCUGGUGUCGCAGGGCGUGGUCAACCAGCCCGAGUAUGAGGAGGAAAUCUCCAAGUAUGACAAGAUCUGUGAGGAAGCUUUUGCCAGAUCCAAAGAUGAGAAGAUCUUGCACAUCAAGCACUGGCUUGACUCUCCAUGGCCUGGCUUCUUCACCCUGGACGGGCAGCCCCGGAGCAUGUCCUGCCCUUCCACGGGUCUGACAGAGGAUAUUCUGACACACAUUGGAAACGUGGCCAGCUCCGUGCCCGUGGAGAACUUUACCAUUCAUGGAGGGCUGAGCCGGAUCUUGAAAACUCGUGGGGAAAUGGUGAAGAACCGAACUGUGGACUGGGCUCUUGCAGAGUACAUGGCAUUCGGCUCGCUCCUGAAGGAGGGUAUCCACAUCCGGCUGAGCGGCCAGGACGUGGAGCGGGGCACAUUCAGCCACCGCCACCAUGUGCUCCAUGACCAGAAUGUGGACAAGAGAACCUGUAUCCCCAUGAACCACCUUUGGCCCAAUCAGGCCCCCUACACUGUGUGCAACAGUUCACUGUCUGAGUAUGGUGUGCUUGGCUUUGAGUUGGGCUUCGCCAUGGCCAGUCCUAACGCCCUGGUCCUCUGGGAAGCACAGUUUGGUGACUUCCACAACACGGCCCAGUGCAUCAUCGACCAGUUCAUCUGCCCAGGACAAGCCAAAUGGGUGCGGCAGAACGGCAUCGUGCUGCUGCUGCCCCAUGGCAUGGAGGGCAUGGGUCCAGAACAUUCCUCCGCCCGCCCAGAGCGGUUUUUGCAGAUGUGCAAUGAUGACCCCGAUGUCCUGCCGGACCUUACGGAAGCCAACUUCGAUAUCAAUCAGCUCUAUGACUGCAACUGGGUUGUUGUCAACUGCUCCAGCCCUGGCAACUUCUUCCAUGUGCUACGACGCCAGAUCCUGCUGCCCUUCCGGAAGCCGUUAAUUAUCUUCACUCCCAAAUCUCUGCUGCGCCACCCUGAGGCCAGAACCAGCUUUGACGAGAUGCUUCCAGGAACUCACUUCCAGCGAGUGAUCUCGGAAGACGGCCCUGCGGCUCAGGACCCAGAGAAUGUCAAGAGGCUUCUCUUUUGCACCGGCAAAGUCUACUAUGACCUCACUCGAGAGCGCAAAGCACGAGGCAUGGUGGAGCAAGUGGCUAUCACAAGAAUUGAGCAGCUGUCGCCAUUCCCCUUCGACCUCCUGCUCAGGGAGGUGCAGAAGUAUCCCAAUGCGGAGCUAGCCUGGUGCCAGGAGGAGCACAAGAACCAAGGCUACUAUGACUAUGUGAAGCCAAGGCUCCGGACCACCAUCAGCCGCGCCAAGCCUGUCUGGUAUGCCGGCCGGGACCCAGCGGCUGCUCCAGCCACCGGCAACAAGAAGACCCACCUGACGGAGCUACAGCGCCUGCUGGACACAGCCUUCGACCUGGACGCCUUCAAGAACUUCUCGUAGAUGCCGCCUAGGGUUGCUGGGGCCACUGCCCUCUCCACGUCCAUGACUGCCCUCGCUUCUCAACUAAAGAAUAGUGCCUCAGCGCUGCCACACUCUGCCCUUCCUGCUGUGCCGCACGCCUUCCCUCUGCUCUCAUAGGAAUUAGGCUGUUGUGCCCCUCGAGUGCUUGGCUGCCCACAGGCCAGACACUGCCCAGGCUGUGCUGACCUCUGUCGAGCUGAGCCACUUUCGAGGAGGCGCUGGGGAGCAGGAGGAGGAAUGGGAGACAUCCCCACAGGAUGUCUCUGGGGAGGGUCAACUCUGACCAUGCCCCUUCCCACCAGUGUCACUCCUCGGGGUAGACUGGACCUUGUGUGGCUUCCUGGUGUGCUGGCAGCCCCUGUCACCCAGCAAAGCACAGGCUCCUGUAUUUGGGAGUAGGGUAGCUUCAUCUUGGGGCUGAACCUUAGAGUCCACAGAGAGCCCUGGAGUCACACCUGGUCAUGGCUGGCAGAGGUUUCCAGGAUGGGCCUCAGCUAUGGAGUGACCUGGUAUGACUCAGGGCAGCUGGCAAGAGAGAGCUUUGUCUGGCACAGAGUGGGCAGUAUUGGGCUCUGUGAGGUCUGUUCUCUGCUGUCCCUCGAGGGUCCCGGGCUGUGUGUGGGGCCAAGCAUGCUCCAUCUACCCCACCUGCGGCUGGGCAGCACCUGGAGCCCACCGGGUCUGUGUGUGGCCAGGAAGCCCCACUUAGGUCACCACAGCUGCUCCGUCUUGGUCCUGCUAACCCUCUACCUCCACUCGCCUCCUCGCUGGGCCUCUCCCUGCCCCCCACCACUCUUUUUUCUUUCUGCUACUUCCCUUUAACCCAGUGGAGACUUUCUGAUGCAUCAUUUUCUUUGCUGUGCCAAAGCAGGUCAGGAGAGAAAGAGGAGGGGCGGGUGGUGAGGGACAGGCCAUAGCCAAGGGGCCAGCUGCCCUUCAUCUGUCACUCUGACCUUCAUAGGGACAGAUCUGAUUUAUUUAUUUUGGUUAAGAAAAAAGGAACAAAAACUUUGCAUUGCAUUGGCUUGACCCAUAAACUAAGUUAUCCAUGG